AUGCUAAAAAGGGAGAUGAAGCCAGAAAGUGACAGGCCACGGAAAGUCCGGUUUCGGAUCGCGUCAUCUCACAGUGGGCGAGUUCUGAGGGAGGUGUAUGAAGACGGGCAACCCUCAGGCUCUCUGGACUCGGAAUGUGCCAGUAUCUGUGGGAUAGAUGGACUAAGUGAUUCUGACCGACAGCAAAACGGCCACACAGGAUCAGAAGGCGACGAGCACGAGAACGACCAGGAUAACUUGCUGGUGUUAGCAAGGGCGGCCAGUGAGAAGUGUUUUGGUACAAGAAGAGUCAACAUCGUAAGCAAAAAUGGCACAGUCAGAGGCGUCAAAUACAAAGUGAGUGCUGGCCAAGCCCUAUUUAACAAUUUGACCAAAGUCUUAGAGCAACCACCAACUGAACUGGAAUUUGACCGUGUCGUGAUUUAUACCACUUGCCUUCGCGUGGUUCGGACAACCUUUGAAAGAUGUGAACUGGUCAGAAAGAUCUUCCAAAAUCAUCGAGUAAAAUUUGAAGAGAAAAACAUAGCUCUGAAUGGUGAAUACGGAAAAGAGUUGGAUGAACGAUGCCGACGAGUUUCUGAAGCUCCUUCCCUCCCUGUCGUGUUCAUCGACGGCCAUUACCUCGGAGUAAGUACUCUGCUAAGGAAAAUCUUUUUCACAGAAUCCAAGUAG